AUGUCCGUGGCCUGUGGGAUGGAGUGCGUGGUGGUCCUCGGCUGCCUGCGCUGGGCCUGGAAGCGCUGCACCUACAUCGGCUCCUACGACACCGCCGCCUGGCCCGAUGCGACAGCCGACGAGUUCGAGCCCAUCCCCCGCGUCUGCCGCGUCAUCUUAGCCGUCUACGAGCCCGACCUCAGCUCCCCCAAGUACGCCCCCGCCGGCGGCUACCGCCUCAAUCCCGACUGGGUGGUCAAGCGCGUCACCUACGAGCAGACGCUCGGCCACGCGCCGCCCUACCUGAUUUACCUCGACCACGAUUACCGCGAGAUCGUGCUCGCCAUCCGCGGCCUGAACCUGGCCAAGGAGAGUGAUUACAAGCUGCUGUUGGACAAUAGGCUCGGCAAGCAGAUGUUUGACGGCGGGUACGUGCACCACGGGCUGUUGAAAUCCGCUAUUUGGGUGUUGAAAUCCGAGUCGGGAACUUUGAGGAGCCUAUGGGAGGAGAACGGGAGGGGUUACAGGAUGGUGUUCGCCGGGCACUCCCUGGGAUCCGGCGUGGCAGCUUUGCUGAGCGUGAUCGUGGCCAACCAUGGGGAUGAGUUGGGAGGGAUUCCAAGGGGUUUGGUCAGGUGUUACGCGGUGGCCCCUGCUAGGUGUAUGUCGCUCAACCUGGCAGUGAAGUACGCCGACAUUAUAUGCUCUGUUGUUUUGCAGGACGAUUUCUUGCCCAGAACAGCCACCCCAUUGGAAGACAUCUUCAGAUCUAUCUUCUGUUUACCCUGCCUGCUGUUUCUGGUGUGUCUGAGAGACACCUUUAUCCCUGAAGAUAGAAAGCUCAGGGAUCCAAGAAGACUCUAUGCUCCAGGUCGCAUGUACCAUAUAGUGGAAAGAAAAUUUUGCAGAUGUGGUAGGUAUCCUCCAGAAGUUAAAACAGCAAUUCCAGUUGAUGGGAGAUUUGAGCAUAUUGUCCUCUCCUGCAAUGCAACAUCAGAUCAUGCUAUUAUUUGGAUUGAAAGAGAGGCAGAGAAGGCCUUGGAAAAUCUAAAGGAGCUUAGUGGAGAGACUAUUACCACGCCUCCGGAAGUACAGAGACUCGAGAGGAAGCAGACUCUAGAGAAGGAGCACAAUGAUGCAUUAGAGAGAGCCGUCACCUUGAAUAUACCUCAUGCUGUAAAGUCUGCUGAGGAAGAACCCUAUGCUGACACCCAAGAAGGCUCUUCAGUGAUGCAUUGCUCGGGAAAAAAUGGCAGGACCAAUUGGGAUGAAGUGGUUGAGAAGCUUUUCAAGAGAAGUGAAUCUGGUAAGUUGCUUUUAAAAGGAGAUGAGACUAUUACAGGAAACGCAGCAGCCUGA